GCCUCUAAUUCCAUUCUUGGGAGCUUUUUGGGCGCAUUUGGGUAAUAUUUUGCAAAAAUUCUCACCCGUGCGAAGAGAAAAAUGUAAUCGCGAUUCUUCUGCGUCGUCACAGAGACUUUCUUCUAUUUAUUUCGGUUUAUUCCUUAUCAUUUUCUCCGUUAUCUCGCGCUCAAAUGCAUGCGUGGGCAGUUCUUUGUGUCGCCCUUCUCGGCUUGUCCAGCGUCUUGGCGGAUGGCCAGAUCAACACUCCGGGCAACAGCACGAAGCUGACCAAGACCAGCGAUGACAAGACGGUGUACAUGGAGGGAGGAAGCUUCCAGGAGAAGCUGCCGGUGCAGAAGAGCGUGAAGAAGGAGCUGGGAGAGCCUCCGAGAGCCAACACGACAGUCUCCACGCCAGUUCUCAACGUCACGCUGCCCGCCAAUGCCACUUCUGAGGCCCCGAAGGUCCUCAACUCCACCACCACCACCACCUCAACCACUGUGAAGACAACCGCCUCCACAACGACGACGCCCAGGCCAAAGAAGCCCAGCCUCACGGUGAGCGUGCAAGACGAUCCGAGCUUGCUGGAGGUUCCGGCAAAGUCACAACACCCCCAGUCCGGCGGCCGGCUGGACGUGGAGGAGCCCGUGGCGCAGCUGUCCCAGGAGAACAUCCUGGAGCUGCCCGUGAAUCAUCGAGACUACAUCGUUCCCAUUGUGGUGCUGAUCUUCGCCAUUCCCAUGAUUCUGGGACUCGCCACCGUGGUCGUGCGCCGCUUCAGGGAUUACUGGCUCACGCGCCACUACCGUCGGAUGGACUACCUCGUGGAUGGCAUGUACAAUGAGUGAUGGCGAGUUUCCGGGAAGACUCGCCCACGCCUCAGGAGACGACUGUUCCGCCUCAGCCGCGCGACUGAGGAGUCCAACAGCAAUAACCAAUUAAUGCUUAAUGAUUUUUACUGUAAAUAAAUGUACAUUUUAAUUGGUAAAUGAAUAAAUUCGAGAAUAAAUCCGUCGAC